CAUGCUACUGCACUGCUUCGACACGCAAUAGGAAACAUACCGACCAACCUCGUGUUCCCAACACCUGCUUUUUGCUGCGCCGCUCUUCCAAGCUCCAUGUUGUCCUCAUGUCACCAGAGCCCUAGAAUGAUAACCUUUGAGUGAAUCCGACAGUGCGAACGUGGAAUUGGGCAAGCUUCGAAGCUCAAAUGUCCGCACGAUAACCAGACCCGAACGGCCGGAUAGAAAAGUGACAGGCAUUCUUCAACGCGACUGCACGCGAUUGAUUCCUUGAAGAUCCGCGGAAUAAAGACGGCAUUGGGAGGAGAGUGGGGUACAGAGCACUGUACCUAGGCAGAGAUACAAAUACAAAAUACCAAUAACAAAUGGCAGCUCCUGCGAAACAGACAUCCAGAUGGGGGAACUUCCUCCAACAAGCUGUAGCCGGGGUGGAAUCGAGGCUGGAUAAUAUUUUGGCUGAGGGCGUCGAGGAACAAGCUGCUGCAGCUGGGCAGAAGAAACCUGGAACUCCUACACUGCCUGCUUCUCCUUCGAAAUCAGAUUCAGGUGUUUCUAGGACGGCUUCUACGAACAGAGCGAAUGAUCGAUUACAAGAAAGACUUGCCCGAGCUAUAGCUGCGAAGAACUCGCAGAAACCUGACAGGCCAGAUUCCCUUGCCCUCUCUUCUGGAGUUCCUUCUCGAACAGGCAGUCCUGCUACCGUCAGCAGUAGUCCCAGACAAAGUAUUGAUGCGCCAGCGCCGAAGGUAGAAGAAUCGAAGGUGGAGGAGUCGAAGGGGGAGGAGUUGAAGGUAGAAGCCAAGGAUGCUGGGCCGGAGACGGCUUCGCGGCCAUCGCAAGAUGAGGGUAGUGAGCAGAAACGUAUACAAUCCGAAGCACCAUCAAUUGCUGUGCAGCCUGGCAGUCCGGUCAUUGAACCUACGCCGGAAGCUCAACAAGAACCCAAUGGACUUGUGCUUAAGUCUGAAGCGGAAGCUUCUCCUAGACCUUCGGUAGAAUCAGCGAGAUCAAGCAUACCUCGAGAUUCGAUCGACUCCGUCCGUCAGCCUAGCCUACGCCCUUCUAUGGAGAUACCAUCUGGCGAACGGCCGGAGUUGGGAUUGUUGACGGCUAAAACACCUGCAGAAUACGAAGCUCUACUAAAGAAAUUGCAGUCAGACAAUGAGACGUCAGAGUUACAGAGACAGGAAGAGGUGCACGGGUAUAUAGAGAGGAUCGAUGCCCUCCAGUCAAAAUUACAGUAUCUAGCCAAAGAGGGUGCUGAGGCAGCGCGGAAAGCCAGUGGAUCUGCCCCAAGCGGUAGUCUAGAGAAGAAACUCGCAGACAAGGAAGAACAAGUUGCCCUUCUGAUGGAAGAAGGUCAGAAGCUCUCUAAGAAGGAACUCAACCAGCUCACGACGAUCAAGAAAUUACGAGCAAAGAUUCAGGAAGAUAGUAAGUUGAUCGAAGAGGCGAAAAAGAAACAGGAAGUGGCUGAGCGAGAUGUCACAAUUGUUACUGAACGAUGGAAGAGAGCCGAGACUUUCGAGAAGCGGUUGAAAGAGAAGCAGAAAGAGGUACAGCAAAUACAGAAGGACGUUGAGACUCUUAAGGCUGCAAACGAGCUUAAAGACUCAGCUAUCAUGGAACUGGAAGCUGAGCUGGACGAAGCUGUUGCUCAAGGAAAGCAAGCCGAAAUCAAAGUAGCGAAUGAAGCUCUGGAGGCAGAGAAGAAGCGGGUCGCAGACCUUGAAGAUGACAUUGCGAACCUCAAGAUCGAAAAGAACUUGGUUGCUGAUAGAGCACAAGCGCAAAUCAAGGAGUUGAGAGAGAAAAUGGACAAGGACGUUGAAAAGGCUCGUAUGACGGAACUGGAGAUGAAAUCCGAGCAGCAGAUGUUGGAGAGCAAGCUAGAAGUCAUGAGAGCAAGGGCUGAGGAGGUCUCUUCAGGAGCUACAGGUGAUGCUCAGGCGAAAUUGCUGCGACAGAUUGAGACUCUGCAGACGCAGUAUGCUGUUGCUAGUGAGAAUUGGCAGGGCAUUGAAGCAUCUCUCAUUGCACGGGCUACGAAUCUGGAGAAAGAGAGGGAUGAGGCUACGAGGAGAGAAGCCGAUAUCAGGAGGAAAGCUCGAGAAGUGGUAUGUCUCCUUGCUCGAUCUCAUAACUUUACUAACAGUCUAAAGACACUCAAAGCCAAGCGUAAUGAAGACGAGCUUGAAGAGUCAAGGUCCAAGAUGCCUAGCUUCCAGCAAGAGCUAGCAGAGCAUAAAGCGAAGCUAGACGCUCUACAGCAGAGAGCCGAAGCUGCGGAAUCAGCUUUGGUCGAAGCUAAAGCUUCUUUCGAGCAAGAAAAACAAGCUUGGAAAUCAGAAAUGCAGAACCGUAUUGAUGAAGAAAGACAGAAGCUCCAGGAAGAGACACAGUACAACAGAGCAGAGUCGCCUGUAGCGUCAACAAGGCGAGGUCUAACAUCCGAAUACCUCGGACUGCAGAACCUCCAAAUUAGGCGAGCGUCAGCACGCUCAAUAAACAAUGAUAUAACGCCGGUAGCAGGCUUCCUUGGCCGCCGUCCAUCCACCCAACCGCUUGGCAAGUCUUCAGGAAAUGGAACACCAAGCCGACAAGACUCCAUGCAGUCCCUCAAAGAAUCCCACAACGGAGAAAGGGAGAACCACGCCUCCUCCCCAUCUAUCCACACCGACGCCGACGACUUCUUCGAACAGACCACCUCCCCCUCUUCCCCUCACCAAACAAUCAACGACCUCGUCUCCGUCUCCACCGCUGGGGCCGGACCUUCCGUCCAACUCGUCGAACGCAUGUCUUCGGCAGUCCGACGUCUCGAAAGCGAGAAAGUCGCUACGAAAGAAGAUCUUGCUCGCCUCUCAGCUCAACGAGAUGAAGCGCGCGCGGAGAUCGUGUCAUUGAUGCGUGAGGUCUCACAGAAGCGCGCUGUUGAGGAGCGGAAGAAGGAGCUAGAGGAAGAGGUGGCGGUGUUGAAUGAAAGGUAUCAGACGACGCUGGAGAUGCUGGGGGAGAAAAGUGAGAUGGUCGAUGAGUUGAAGAGUGAUAUCGAGGAUAUUAAGGCGAUGUAUCGGGAGUUGGUGGAGAGGACUGUGAAAUAGAGGAACUGGUAUGCAAAGCAUUCUUCCGUUUUGGACAGCGGGUAUGCCUCUUUGGUGAUCUUCAUGUGGCACCGAAGAGACACUUCAAACCUUCGCAUUUCUAUAGAAGCUACACUCUAGAAACUUAUUUACGCCUGCCACGAUAUGAAGGGAUGUAUUGGCGUUGGGUUUUUGGUGGAAAUCUUCAAAUGGAUGCUGCUUUUGCUUUCCACUUUGCACUUUUGACUCUUCUAUAGUAACAUUACUCAUGCAUGUCAUGUAAGAUCAUGGUAUAAAAUAG